GAAGUUCAGCAAACUCAAGCGUUUUAUGGAGAAACUCGAGAACUGCAAUUACGCCGUGGAGCUGGGACGCACCUUGAAGUUCUCGCUGGUGGGCAUCGCCGGCCAGGACCUGGCUGACGGCAACCCCACGCUGACACUGGCUCUCAUCUGGCAGCUGAUGCGCGCCUACACCCUCUCCAUCCUCACGCAACUGGCGGACUCCGGCUCGCCCAUCGUGGAGGCGGAGAUCAUCACGUACGUCAACACGAAGCUCCAGCAGGCGGGGAAGAAGACGUCCCUCAGGAGCUUCCAGGACUCCAGCCUCAGGGACGCCAUGGCUGUGAUCGACCUGGUCGACGCCAUCAACCCGGGGACGGUCGAACUACGAUAGAACGUGAGGGCGGGCGGACAGGAGAGGU